AUGGAGGAUCGUCUACAAGAGUUAAAGUCUGCUGCUGGUAUCAAGGAUAAGGUUCCAAAGAAACAAUCAAAGAGUAGUAGUAAAAGAAAUGAACAACAAAAGGAUAAAGAAUCAAAACAAUCAAAGGUGGAUACACUGGACAAGGAUAUAGAACUGGGCAUCCAGGGUGAUCAAGAUGGAAUUGAAGAAUUCAUGCCAGAGUUCUUCCAAGAGGUUGGUUUGAUCAAGACUCAAAUGAACUCAAUAAGAAGGAAUAUCAAGAGUUUGGAAGAACAAUAUGUCCAAUCACUGAAUACUGUCAUGAACAUGGAUGGUCAAUCAACAUCAACUUCAUCAUCAUUGAUUGAUUCAACCAAUGUAUCAUUCACAUCAUUAAGACAUAAACUAGAGUCGUUGUCCACAAGCAAUGAUAAAUAUGCCGAGAUGAAGACUGCCAAACCAACAGAGAUACGUAUACGUAGCAACAUCUAUACAGUGCUCCUUCAGACUUCAAUCGACUUGUUGAACAAGUAUACCGAAGUACAGAAGGACUACAAAACCAAAUGUGAAGAUAAGAUUACAAGACAAUAUAAGUUGGAAGAGAUAAGGGCUGCAGUGGAGUCUGGUGACUCGAGUAAAGUGUUCACUGAUAGGUUGUUGUAUACUCAUUUGCAUACUGAGGCCAAGAAUGCAUUGUCCUAUGUACAACAGAGACAUAGGGAUUUACAAAGAUUGGGUCAGAGUCUAGUAGAGUUACAUCAAUUGAUGCUGGACAUGGCAAUAUUGGUAAAGGUACAAGGUGAGAAGUUAGAGUCCAUCGAACAAGAUAUCAAUUCUGCUGUCAAAGACACUGGAGAAGGAGUUCACAAGCACUUGCCAAAGGCACUCAAGUAUCAAAAGAAAGGCAGAAAGAAGAUGUACAUCCUACUAUGUAUUGUAACAGUUGGUCUAAUCGUCAUCAUUGUCCCGGUCUUGUCGAAACUCGGCAUUUUCACGAGAUAA